AUGUAUGUAACCCGGCGCCCGGGCCAGCGGCGCUCGGGGCCGCCGGGCACCCUGGACGCCUGGGCCGAGCCGCACCUGGAGCGUCUGCUGCGCGAGAAGUUGGAUGGACUUGUCAAGCUCCGGACUGUGCGGGAGGCUCCAUCUGAGUGCAUCUGCCCCCCAGGUGCCCCUGGACGGCGUGGCAAGCCCGGAAGAAGAGGCGACCCUGGUCCUCCAGGGCAAUCAGGACGAGAUGGCUACCCGGGACCCCUGGGUCUGGAUGGCAAGCCCGGACUUCCAGGCCCCAAGGGGGAAAAGGGUGCACCAGGAGACUUUGGCCCCCGGGGGGAUCAAGGGCAAGAUGGAGCUACUGGGCCUCCAGGGCCCCCCGGACCACCUGGGGCCCGUGGCCCUCCUGGCGACACUGGGAAAGAUGGCCCCAAGGGACCUCCAGGCCCAGUGGGUCCCAAAGGAGAGCCUGGACAAAAUGGAGAGAUGGGCCCUGAGGGACCCCCAGGGUCCAAGGGUGAGCCUGGCAUUCCUGGAAAGAAGGGGGAUGAUGGGAUACCCAGCCAGCCAGGGCUCCCUGGGCCCCCAGGGCCCAAGGGCGAGCCAGGGAACGUGGGGCCCCAAGGAGAGAACGGCGUGGACGGUGUCCCAGGACCUAAGGGGGAGCCUGGCCACCGAGGCACAGACGGAGCUGCGGGGCCCCGGGGACCCCCAGGCCUCAAGGGCGAGCAAGGAGACACUGUGGUGAUCGACUAUGACGGCAGGAUCCUGGAUGCCCUUAAGGGUCCUCCUGGGCCACAGGGAGCCCCAGGGCCACCAGGGAUCCCUGGAGCCAAGGGUGAGCUUGGAUUGCCUGGUGCCCCAGGAAUCGAUGGAGAGAAGGGUCCCAAAGGACCAAAAGGAGACCCAGGAGAGCCUGGGCCAGUUGGACCCAAAGGGGAAGCAGGCGAGAUGGGCUUGUCUGGCCUUCCGGGUGCUGACGGCCCCAAGGGAGAGAAGGGAGAGUCAGCAUCUGACAGCCUACAGGAGAGCCUGGCCCAGGUCAUAGUGGAGCCAGGCCCCCCCGGACCGCCUGGACCCCCAGGUCCCAUGGGCCUUCAGGGAAUCCAGGGUCCCAAGGGCUUGGAUGGAGCAAAGGGAGAGAAGGGCACAUCAGGAGAGAGAGGCCCUCAUGGCCUGCCUGGGCCAGUUGGCCCACCAGGCCUUAUUGGGCUGCCAGGAACCAAAGGAGAGAAGGGCAGACCCGGGGAGCCAGGACUAGAUGGUUUCCCUGGACCCCGGGGAGAAAAAGGCGACAAGAGUGAACGUGGAGAGAAGGGGGAGCGAGGUGUUCCAGGCCGAAAAGGAGUGAAGGGCCAGAAGGGAGAGCCGGGACCACCAGGACUAGACCAGCCAUGUCCUGUGGGCCCUGAUGGGUUGCCAGUGCCUGGAUGCUGGCAUAAGUGAUCCUCAGGUCCAGCUCACAACUUGUACAGAUCCGUGUGGACAUUUUUAAUUUUUGUAAAAACAAAACAGUAAUAUAUUGAUCUUCUUUCAUGGGAUGCACCACCUGUGGCCUUUUAACAAUCGAGAGUGUGCCACCCAGCCCCAGAACCAUCAGCAGGUGACGCCAACAGGAAUGCGGACAGGCCAAUCCAGGGGAAUUGUGUGCUUGAGGGGCACCUGCGGGGCUUGGAUUUCCUGGGAAGGAGACGAAGGUGAAAGUGCCUGGCUCAGGUGAGCCUGGAAAGACAGUGGGUUGGGCCUUCAGUCACCUGAUUAUCCAAGACUCACUACUGUCCCCUUAAUCCCCGGAGGCCCUGGUCACACUGUACCCAAUGAUGUUCGGACAGCAUCUGCAGCUGCUCUGGCCUCUCCAGCCUCCAGACUCAAUCACUACACGCUACCCCCAGACCCUGGGUUUCCCAGGGCAGGACAAGACUACCAUCAGCAAUUACAGUUGGACCUAGGAAACUGUCGAUGCACUCCAAGAGGGUCUAGCCCCCACCAACUUCUGUAGCCCUCAGAAGCCAGUCUGUUGUGAGAAUAUAUGUCCUCUGGCCAUCAGCAGUAGCCAAAAUCUGUGAUUGCGCAAUGUGGAGCCAGCAGCAGUGGGGAGCCUGUUGUCCCUGAGUGUGCAGAGAUACCCAGAUUUUAUGGCUGCCACUUCCUGUCAUCUCACCACAGGAAGGGACUUUCCUGGCCCUGAAGAGAUAAGCCUCCAGCUCAGUUUGGGUUUCACUGGCCUCAAAGUCUCCUGCUCAAAAUACUGAUCAGCCUGGUAGAAAUGGGUCUCACAGUGAGUUGUACAGACUCAGCAAACUGCAAAGCUGGUGUUCCCAGCAAGACUGAGCAGGGGGCCUGUGACUGAGUCCUCCACACUCUGAUGAAAGGCUUUGCCACAUCUAACAAAGAGUCCUAGUGAUCAGCUCUGUCCUAGCUAUUUUCCUCUCCUCUUUGUGUAGAUGGGCAUCACUAUGUGUAACAGACCACAGAUGUGUGUCUGGGUGUGCCUGUCCUUGCAGACUGGCCCCAGGCACUUCUGGCUGAGGUUUCACCCUGGACAUUGCAAGCUGGGGAAGGAGAAAGGGACUGUUCCUAGGUUGAAGCCACCUCAGAAACCAAAGGAGGUAGCUCAGGAUCAGGUGGGAGACAGGUGGGGAGUUAAAGACAUAGGCUCAAGGUCAGGUCCUACCACACACCAGCAGAGUCCUCAGGCCAGUCGCUUCAUGUCACGGAACCCCUGUGUGCUUCUUUGCUGUGGCUAGCAGUGACUGCUGCAUAAAAAAUUGCCCUGAAACUUGCUUGUUUCCUUAAAGUAUUGACUGUUUCUGUUUUUCUCUUACAGUUCUGAGGGUUAAUCGGCUUGGCUGGGUGGUUCACUGAAAGUCUCCCACAUUUGUUGCUUGAUGUUGCCCAAGAUGGCCAGAAUAUCUAUCUGGACUUUAUGUGUAGUCCAGGCUUCCUCACAGCGUGGUGGCUAGAUUCCAAAGUGAAUAAGACAGGUAGAAACUGUGUCACCAUUUAUGCCCAAACCUCCAAAGUUAUAUGGUAUUACUUUCGGCCAGAGUCAGAGGUUCACCCAAUUUGAAAAUAGAGAGGUAGACCCACCCUCUCAAUGAAAAAAAGUGGCAAGAUCGUAUUUUAAGGAGAAAAUGUGGGACACUAUAUGUUGCAGCCAUCUUUGAUAAUGCCACCUACCACCUCAUCUACAAAAGGAGAUAGCAUUACAUAUCUCUAAGUGGUUCAAUGAGGAUCAACUUUGUGGAAUACAGAAAGAAUCUAGGACUGACUGAUCAGACACUCUGAAGCACUGGGGACUCAGAUUUUCCUCUCUUCUCCCCACUCUAAGACCAAGCGAGAGCCAAUCUUGCAAAGCAUUUCCAUAGCUCUAAUGUCAACUGGGCCUUGUAAUAUCCCUAAGAGAAGGACCCAGAAAAUAUGCCCAUUUUACAGAGGACAAAACCAAGCACAUCCAUGGUGGUAUAGAAAAGAAGGGACCUAUAGGUAGAGUGUCUCAGACAUCCUUUCCCCAAGGUCUGGGGCCUAAGGAGGGCUACAAUAUGGGUAGUUCCCCCCACACCACAAGACCCCAAAUGUAUGCCCUCCUUGCUAAGCACAGCAGCCCAGUCAUACUCAGAGUGAGGAAGGAAGAAUAUGUCAAGUCCCUAUCUUUGACCUCUUCAGGAGCUGGUAAUAAGUAGCAGGCCGUGCUGCUUAGCCAGUCUACUGGCUCACCAGGGAAGCCAGAAGUAGGAAAAGGAGGAGAAACACAGUGAACUCGAUGACUGGUGGAAACUUCUGGGUGUCAAUGCCUCCUUUUGAGUCCCCAUAACCUACUAAAUCUACGCUUGACAGUUAGCAAUUCACUCCUCCCUCCAACCAGGAACUUCACUUGAUAUCCUCCCUAGACUUGUGAGGGAUGGGGCUUAUGAGGUAGGCGACACUAGGUCCAUUUUUCAUAUGGGAAAACUGAGUAUCAGAGGGGACUCUCACCUGCCCAGGGAUGCACGGCCAGGAUGGAGUGGCAGGCUUGGACCCAGGCUCUUGGGUAUUCUCCAAUUUGUCUUUAGUAGGAAUGGAAAAUGCAAGGCAUCCCCAUGAUACUGGGUAGCUGACAGGUAGAUCUUUGUGGGGAUAGAAGCCACUUUUUUUUUUUCCUCAGACAACUAAGGGGGUCAAUUUACUACCCCAUUGGACUGGAUGGGACUAUUUUUGGCUCGUUGCUGCCCCCUUGUGUCCCCAUUCCUCCUAUCCUCCAGUAUACAAACUCAGCUGCCAACAUCAGUAUGUAGAACCUGCUGAGUCAGCUUGGGUGAAGGAGGAGAGGCUGUAGGAGAUUGAAUGACUAGUUCAAGGUCCCAGCUGAGACACUGCAGAGCACCUUGCCUCACUGCUGAGCCUCAAGGACUGAGAAGGGGGCUUCAGGGCUCCCUGCCAAGAAGGGUAGCUCUGCUUCAAUCUUUUCUCUUCCAAAAGAUAGAAAAGCAUAUUUACUGAGAGCUAAACUAACAGCAAGGACCACUAUACCCUUUUCCAGAUGAAUCUGAGGCCUGGGAGAGGGGGGCUUACCCAGUUUACUUCCUCCUCAUCCCUAUGAUACCACUAGAAAUGCAGGGGAGGCUUUGGAUUGUCACAAUUAUUGGAGACCAUUCCUGACAUUCAGUAAGCAGAGCCAGGGACAGCAAACAUUUGAAAUGCACAGGACAGUUCUGCCCAACAAUGAAUUCAUUGCCCAACAAUGAAUCAUCUCACUAAGAAUGCCAGUUGAGAAACACAGGUUCAAGUCUUGGCUCAGCCCCUUCCUCCCAUCCCAUGCCCUCUUGCUUCCAGUGUAGCUUUGGAGGACACACAUGGGAUAACAUAUGGGAAAAUGCUUAGCAUGGGCCAGAGGCAGAAAGGAAUGGACUUCUUCUGAGCAGGGAGAGAGUGAAGCUAUAGAUAGAUCAUCUGAACCAGGAAAUGUCCCAGUCUGGUCUGACCUUCAACUGUAUCAGCCCCUGACCCUGGAUAACCAGGGGCAGGUAAGAUGUUCGCUGAUCCUGGGUACAGCCUUCUUGCCCUCUGCUCCAUGGCAGGAAAGCCCCUGAGCCAACCUGACUGCUCUGAGCAGCCCUAGGCUAUGCCUGUGGCUGGAUGUUAGGCUGUAAGACAACACUGAAGAUGGAAAUCAGGCAGGACUUUCUCUCCUCUCUCCCUUCCUCCCCCCACCACACACACCCACACAUACACACACACACACACACA